CUUUUAUGAGUGAUCACCCUGAAGGACCUGCGCAUCCUGGACCUCAAUUUCCGGUUAAUUUUCUAUAUGCGUGGAUCGGUCUUCACUUUGAAUAGACUUAUUCUAGAAAGGUGAUUAGUGAGAAUAUCAAGAAUAUCGUCGGCUUACGAAGUCCUCCUCAAAUGAUAUUUUUUAUGGACGCGGCGGCUUCUCCUUUUAAUGCUAAGCGAGCACGGAUUCACCUCAGGUCGAGUGCUCAUUUUGUUUGGCGUCCUCUACCAUAUUCUUAUUCUUUUGUUGAUGACGGUUGGCUUUACGAUGCGAAAUUGGCUCCAGGAGAGUGUAAAUAUCCGAGAGAGGUUUAUGAGUAUAUAAUUUCUAUCAGACAGAGUGUGCUUCCACUUCGUUUGGGGAACAAAUUGCACACACAGCUGUAUAGUCCUCAUCGUUUUGCUCGACAAUUUGGCUUUGAUCAGUCUUUUCCUGAAAGUAUCACUGUUCCCCGAUUAGCGAGCCAUCUUGGGAUACUUGCUGGAUGUUGGAAUCAUUUCAUUCGCUAUGGGACUUCUAUUAAUUAUUUCAUACCGAAGAAGGACCGGAUUGGGAAACCAACUUUGCAUUAUGCGCGCUGGUGGUCUAAUAGCGUGCAUUCGAGCUUCAAACACGGAGUAGGCUAUCUACUGAGUGCAGAUGAUCCCCGCAAGCAGCAGAAGAAGAAGAGUAUUGUUUUAAAGGAAAGUUCAGCUUCUGCAAGGAAGUUAGGUUCUUCGGGUAUUAUCGCUGAAAGAGCACUAGAUUCUGUGGGGCCAGAGGUGGAGCAGCUUGACUUAUUUCCAGAGUAUGAUCAUGUUCAAGUCGGUCCUUCCGAUGACUCUCCUAGAUAUGAAGUUCUUGGUCUCAGUUUCCCCAUUCAUGAAGACAAGACAUCAGAAGAAGUGUUUGUUACAGGUUCGCCUGCCGGGGAUAAAAUACGCUUGCAGGACCCUUCAGUGAAGUCACAGGCAUGCGAUAUGGAACCGUCAAGGAGCUCAGAAAAUCCACCCUUGGAUGUUUCAACUAAAGUGGCUCGUGGAAAACUUCCCAUUACGGUGUCUUCAAUGAUAGAAUCACAAGCUGGCGGGAGUGGAUCCAUUGAGGAUGACGUGCCUUCCGAUGAUGAGUUGGUUCUGAAGCCUUCGCCACCACAGUAUACGCUCACCGCUGCUGCUGAUAUUGGAGCGUCAUCUUUCAAGGAGGCUUGCUCUACUCAUCAUGAAGAUGAGGGUGCUGAAGAAGAUGACGAUAUAGUAGAAGAUGGCAAAAAUGAAGUCUUGCCGGGAUCGUCUUUACUUGGUAAAAGAGAACGAGUCGAUGAUAUUCCGGCUACAGAGGUGCAUAAAAGAGCUCGUUUGGAGGCUGAUUCAAAAUCAACCGACCUUCCGGUAGAGUCAAAAUUGGAUGAUGAUCUGAUAGACGCUUUAUCACCUUAUGGCGACGAAGUGGACUAUGAGCCUACACCUUCACCACCUGGAGCUCCUGAUAUGGGCGUACCACUUGACGAGGACGUCGGCAUUAACGUGAGUAGCGGUACAGGAGGUUUCCAGAGUGAGGUGCCUAUUGCGGUCAGAUCAUUUUUGAUUGACCGCAUAACGGAUAUCAUGAAGACAUUCGACCGUCGACGAUUCAGAUUAGCUCGGGAGGAAGUGUCCAAGUAUUGUCAGUGCAUUUCCUCACUUGGAAUUGAUGUAUCUGAAUUGGAUGGGCGUAUAAAAUCCGUGUUUGAUCAUGCCGAGGUCAUUGAAGAAUUAGAGUCAAGUCCGAAUUUCGCUUCAGCUGUUCGGCUCGUGAAUGCUGAUGAGGAUCUGGCGCUAAAGAAAAGGAAGCUUGCUUCUCACAUCAGCACAAAAAGUUCUAUUCUCAAAGCUUCAUAAGGUGUCUCUUUGGAGCUUCAGCAGACUAGAGAGAAAAUAAUAGAGCUUGAGGAGCACAUUUUGCAGUUAAAGAAUACAGAAGCAGAGUUGUCAUUUAAACUUGAAGUGGCCAACGACUCUUUAAAGAAAUUAACGCCGACUGAAGAAGAACUGCAGAAGGACGUUGCUGAUGCGGAGAGGGAAUAUGCUGCAGCCACUGAAGAUUGUAAAGCUUCCAAAGAAUCCGCCGGUCUCCGAGGAUUGAUAGAGCUAUUUGAGGAGCGUCGUCAGAUAUUUGAGAUUUGAUUUUCCUUUACUUUUCUCUUUUUGGAUGUUUAUCGUGGAUGUUAUCUUUAUUUGUCACUAGUAUGAGACAGUAUUUGAUAAUUUGAAUGACUUUGAUUGUGCUUGAA